AUGGAUGCAGAUCCUAACAAAGACAUUGUGACACUGAAGUAUUCAGUUCCUCUAUCCUCAUCUAUCUAUAAGCACAUAAGGGUUGAAGACAAUGAUGAUGUCCAAUAUUUUGUAAAGUACAACACAGAUGUUAUCGCCUCUAAAGUAACCCCUUUAAUAGCAAGCUUGAAAAAUAUAGAAGGUCAUGGUAUUGGAGGGUGCAAUGGCAAUGUAAGCAUUGAGAGUAGCAAUGAUCCUGCUAAAUUUGGUGUGGAACAUAGAAAUGAGGUCAUUGGGGAGAACGAAACUGAAAAUGGUGGAAAUGGAUUUAAUUGGACGGAUUGGGUUGAAGAUGUUAAUUUUGAAAGUGUCGAAAACAUAGUUGCUGAUUUGUGUGAACCUAGCAACGAAGAGGAACCGUACUCUGCGCCAAAAAUGCAUCGUCAUGGGGACAACAAUUUCGAACCCUCCACUGUGCAGUGUAGACAAGUGCAAUCUGAACCUUCUCAACAAUCAAUUUCAACUGGAAUGCACACAAGCCGGAUUGAUUUGAUGCAUGGUCAGAGUUUGAAACAGAUUGAUUAUGGUGGAGACCUUUGUUGCAUAAAUUGGGAAGCAAAUUUUAAGGUUGGCCGAGUUUUUCCAAAUAAGGUUUCCCUUUUAAAAAUCAUAAGUUUAGCAGCAAUUAGAGGCCACUUUCGAUUGAGAACCGUCCAAUCUGGGAAGCGUCGGUUGUGUGUUCGUUGUUGGCAGCUUCCUUGCCCUUGGCAAGUUCGGGCAUAUAAAAUUGGAUUACAUGACUUUAGGGUUGUUAAAUACGAUCCGUUUCAUGAAUGUGAUCCAAGGUAUGUAACUAGUCACCAUCCUCAAGCUACGACUGGACUGCUGUCCGACAGUGUGAAUUGGAGAUUCAAGGAUUCGCGCACCAUUUAUACUCCAGCUGAUAUCAAGAAAGAUGUGAAAACAAAUUUUGGGGUGACCAUAAGCUAUGCUACAACGUGGAGAAGCCAAGAGUUAGCUUUCAAAACAAUUAGAGGGUCUGCAGAACAGUCAUAUUCCCUUUUCCUUUCGUAUUGUUAUGAAUUGGAGCGUAUAAAUCCUAAAACUUUGACAUACAUUGAGAUUGAUGCAACCGACCACUUCUUAUAUUUUUUUAUAUCAAUUGGUGCAUGCAUAAGAGGAUUUCAGUCGUCAAUGCGCCCUGUCAUUGUCGUUGAUGCUACCCAUUUGAAGUGCAAGCAUAAAGGUGUUUUGUUUGUUGCGACCGCAUUUGAUGGAAAUCGUAAUAUAUAUCCUAUUGCCUUUGGGAUUGGAGAUUUGGAGACGGAUGCAGCGUGGGAGUGGUUUUUGACAAAACUACAUUAUGCAAUUGGUGAUUGCGCGAAUCUUGUUGUCAUAUCUGAUCGAAAUGUCAGCAUACAAAAUGGGUUGAAAAAAGUUUUUCCUAGGGCAACACAUGGAAUUUGCUGUUAUCACUUGAAGGGCAAUAUGAAAGCCUCAUUUCGCUUGAAGCAGCGGGAUCCAAUAUUGGGGUAUUUUGUAAGGGCAGCGAACUCGUAUCGUCUGGGGGAGUUCAAUCGUCACUUCUCCAUGAUAAACAAUGACCGAGUGCGAACUUAUCUAGUACGUGCAGGCCUCCAGAAGUGGUCUCAAGCCCAUUGUGAUGGACGACGAUAUAAUGUGAUGACAACAAAUAUUGUGGAGUCCAUAAAUUUAGUUCUUCAUUUUGCAAGGAUGCUUCUGGUGGUACACUUGAUUGACGAAAUUACAAAUAUGCUUCUGUAUUGGUUUAGUCAACGUCGAGAUUUAGCAAGGAAAUUUCAAUCUACGUUGUGCCCUGAUUUAGGCGAAAAGAAGUUAAGGAAGAGGUUAGACGCUGCUUCAAAGAUGAAUGUGGUCAAAAUCAAUGAUGGGGAGUAUGAUGUUCUGGAUGGUGAUAUGAAUGGGCUGGUGAACUUGCAAAAUCAUAGUUGUACAUGCAUGAAGUUUGACUUAGAGCAACUCCCGUGCAAGCAUGCUAUUGCGGUAUGUCGACACUUGAAAUUGAACCCAGACUCCUUGGCCUCUUCGUAUUACACAUGA